AUGCAUGCUCUCAAGGACAAGGUUUCGCAGAAGCUUUCUAAUCUUUUCGCCGAUUCCCCUACUCAAUCUGCCUCUCCCCGCUACUCCCUCUCCGAUUCUCCAAAGGCCAGGCUCAAUUCCAGUUCAGGGAAAUCUCUGUCUUCAUAUUUCUCUUUUGGUGCUCCUCAAUCUCGAAAGGAGGAUGCCGAAUCAUGUCCUCCUCCCCCAAUCAGAACAGACAGCUACGAGUCUGUUGAGAAUUACAAACAUGGAAAUGGGCAAAAUCAAGCCGGGACAAGGAUCUCGAAUGGCGACGACAAUGAAUCAGAUAAGGACGGUGCAUCUGCGAAAGUAGAAACCGGUAUUGAUCACUUUGAUAAGAUGAAGCAGAUGACGGAAUUAACAGAAAGCUCUGUUUUUAUUACUGCCAAAUUGUGUGAAUUCUUGCACGCGUGUCUUCCAAACAUUGUACGAGGAUGCAAAUGGAUCUUGGUAUACAGUACGUUGAAACAUGGGAUAUCACUCCGUACGCUUCUGCGUAGAAGCGCAGAGCUUCCUGGCCCUUGUUUACUGGUUGCUGGAGACAAACAAGGUGCAGUUUUUGGGGCUCUGCUGGAAUGUCCAUUGAGACCUACUCCUAAGAGGAAAUAUCAGGGUACAAGCCAGACAUUCAUGUUCACAACUAUUUAUGGUCAACCACGCAUAUUUAGACCUACCGGUGCCAACCGAUAUUACUGGAUGUGUAUGAAUGAGUUUUUGGCGUUUGGAGGUGGAGGAAACUUUGCUCUAUGUUUAGAUGAAGAUUUGUUAAAGGCAACAAGUGGGCCUUCAGAAACCUUUGGGAAUGAAUGCUUAGCUAACAGCACGGAGUUUGAGUUAAAGAAUGUCGAGCUCUGGGGAUUUGCGCACGCGUCUCAGUACCUAUCCUCCUGA